UAUGUUGUUGGUUUGGUGACAUUAAAAAAAAAGAAGCGUGCGUUGCGGCAAACAACAAAUUUGUUUAAUCAAUACAAGUCACAGUUAGUUGACUUCAGCUUCGCAUCGUCAUCGUCACACAGAGAGUUUUCCCAAAAAAAAUUCAAGGGAAAUCAUGAAAAUCGAGGAAGUUAAGAGUACGGUGCGCACUCAACGCAUUGCUGCCCACAGCCACGUGAAGGGAUUGGGAUUGAAUGAGGAGGGCACCGCAAUACAAAGUGCCGCCGGUUUGGUUGGCCAGAAGGCGGCACGCGAGGCAGCCGGCAUUGUUGUUGAUCUGAUAAAGUCGAAGAAAAUGGCCGGACGUGCUCUGCUCCUCGCCGGACCACCAGGCACUGGGAAAACUGCGAUCGCCUUGGCCAUUGCCCAGGAGUUGGGCAACAAGGUUCCAUUCUGCCCGAUGGUCGGCUCCGAGGUGUUCAGCAAUGAGAUCAAAAAGACGGAGGUGCUCAUGGAAAACUUUCGCCGCUCGAUCGGAUUGCGCAUCCGCGAGACGAAGGAGGUCUACGAGGGCGAAGUCACGGAGCUGACUCCCGUGGAGACGGAGAAUCCCAUGGGUGGCUAUGGAAAGACCAUUAGCAAUGUGGUCAUUGGCCUAAAAACUGCGAAGGGCACCAAGCAGUUGAAACUGGAUCCGAGCAUAUUUGAUGCCUUGCAGAAGGAGAAGGUGGAGGUGGGCGAUGUCAUCUACAUUGAGGCGAAUAGUGGAGCUGUGAAGCGUCAGGGACGCAGUGACACCUUUGCCACCGAAUUCGAUCUGGAGACGGAGGAGUAUGUGCCGCUGCCCAAGGGCGAUGUGCACAAGAAGAAGGAGGUCAUCCAGGAUGUGACACUGCAUGAUCUGGAUGUGGCCAAUGCUCGGCCGCAGGGUGGCCAAGAUGUGCUCUCCAUGGUGGGUCAACUGAUGAAGCCCAAGAAAACGGAAAUUACAGACAAGCUGCGUAUGGAGAUCAACAAGGUGGUGAACAAGUACAUUGAUCAGGGCAUUGCUGAGCUGGUGCCCGGCGUGCUCUUCAUCGAUGAGAUUCACAUGCUCGAUCUGGAGACCUUUACCUAUUUACACAAAUCGCUGGAGUCGCCAAUUGCACCGAUUGUCAUCUUUGCCACCAAUCGCGGUCGCUGCGUCAUUCGUGGCACCACCGACAUAGUCUCGCCUCACGGAGUUCCCUUGGAUUUGCUGGAUCGCUUGCUGAUCAUUCGCACGCUUCUCUAUUCCACCUCGGACAUGGAGCAGAUAAUUAAGUUGCGCGCGCAGACCGAAGGACUCCAGCUGGAGGAAAACGCCUUCACGCGCCUCAGCGAGAUCGGGACCAGCUCCACUCUGCGCUAUGCCGUCCAACUGCUGACGCCGGCUCAUCAGAUGUGCAAGGUGAAUGGACGCAGCCAGAUCAGCAAGGAUGAUAUUGAGGAUGUGCAUUCGCUGUUCCUGGAUGCCAAGCGUUCGUCGAAACAUUUGUCCGAGAAGAACAAUAAGUUUAUGUUGUAAUUUUUACUCAUACUCAUUAAUCAUCCCAUUUUGAAUCCAAUUCCAUUUUGCAUCAUAAUUUUGAAUAAAGCUACGCAAACUAUCGAUUAA